AUGCCGCUUUUUUUCAUUCUCCUCCUUCUCAGUUCGAUAUUAGUUGAGAAAAAAGCGAAUGGACAACUAAGUGAGUUUAGAUUUUGACUUUUUGAAUCAUUUGUUAUACUUUCACUUUCUUUUACAGGGCUUUGUGAAGCCGAAGGAUCAUGCCGUCACUGUGCGGACACUCGCUACUCCUACUAUCGUUGCCGCAUGCAGGACGACUGUUUCAUCGGCGAAGUGUGCGAUAAUGGAUUCUGCUGUCCAAACGUUGCGCCGACGUUUUUGUUGCAGAGAGAACGUGAGUUUAUGCCUUCUUUGCAUACUUGUCAAGUUUGGGGACACGUCUCCUCGCGGGCGAUGCUUUCAAAGUGA